GCUCGGGAGGAUGUUUGUGAUCUGGGCUCACCAUCUGCCUUCCACAGCCCAGGAGGAUGUGGCUCCGUCACGUUGGUGCAGAGGUCCAGUGGCACAGGGCAAGUUGUUUCUGAGGAACUGAAGCACAGAGGGUGCAGAAGUUGCUGGCUCUGAACCCUCAACCCCUCCCUGGCCUCCGGGGACUUUCCCGGAGCUGGAAUGGAAAAGCCCGCAGGCCGGAAGAAGACACAGGCCCCCAAAGAGGAGGCAGGUGUGCCAAAGGCCACUGCGAAAGGAGAGAGUGCUUCUAGGGGAAAAAGGUCCAAAAAGAGAGCAGCAGCGAGCAGGAAGCAGGGCAAGGAGGCGGUCCUGAGCCCCGAGGACGAGGCGCAUCUCUUCGACGCCUUUGACGCCUCAUUUAAAGAUGACUUCGAGGGCGUCCCUGUGUUCGUUCCUUUUCAGAGGAAGAAGCCCUAUGAGUGCGGCGAGUGCGGGCGCAUCUUUAAACACAAGACAGAUCACAUCCGCCACCAGCGCGUGCACACCGGGGAGAAGCCCUUUAAGUGCGAGGCGUGCGGGAAGGCCUUCCGCCACAGCUCCGAUGUCACCAAGCACCAGCGGGUGCACACCGGCGAGAAGCCCUUCAAGUGCAGCCAGUGCGGGAAGGCCUUCAACUGUGGCUCCAACCUCCUGAAACACCAGAAGACGCACACGGGCGAGAAGCCCUACAAGUGCGAGGUGUGUGGGAAAGCCUUCGCCUACAGCUCCUGUCUCAUCCGCCACCGCAGGCGCCACCCAAGGAAGAAGCACUGAGCACACCAUGCCACGUGGGGUCCAGCUGCACGCGAGGCCCCAGAGCCUCUGCCAUCAGACCCACGAGCCCACGCCACCGCAGGGCAACCUCCAGCCACAGCCCUGUUCCGCGCUGCUCCCAGCCUCCAGGCUCGGCUGCAGGAACACUAACAGCUGUCUGGGGGACAGACUUGGACACAGAGCUCCCAACAGAAGAGGCUCUACUGGCCAGGCCCAUGCCUUCCCUUCUGAGGAAUCCCCGAGCAGCCUGGCAGGAGCCGGGGCCUGAGCAGAGCAGGGGCCCUCUGGGGACAAGACUCCCUCUCUCCCACAUCUGGCCUCAGUGACACGAUGUAGCUUCUCUCUUUGUGGACUGACGCAGGAGUUCCCCAGAUCAGCCCUGUCCUGGAAACCAGGCCACACUGUGUGCCCUGUGUCCAGCCAGUGCUCCCCAGGGCAGGGCAUUCUUGCUGACCUCUCCCUGUGCAGGUAUCCUCGGGGGGUCGCCGCAGCUGGCUGGCCUCACACCGUCCGAGGGGAAGAAGCCUCGUGACCCAGCAGUGGAGAUCUGCUGAGACGGUGCAGAGGCAGGACCCCAGCUGCUGAGGGCCAUGCUGCCGCACGCCUGCCCCCAGCUUGGGCUGUGCGGACACCAGAGGCAGUGCCAGACAGCAGGGUUGCACCUCUGCCAGCAGCAGGAAGGCUGCUAACGCAGAUCACGCCAACAGAAGCCCCUUGAGGAGACAGGAGCCCCACAUGGACACAGCCCAGUGGGGCCAGCCUAGCUGGGGCUCUUGUACCCCUAGAGAGUGGCAGAGAGGCCUUGCCCAGAGCUGCUUUGCACAGGAGAACCACGCUGCUGCAGGUGAUCUUUUUCCAUCCUCGUGUGCCAAGAGGACCCCAUUGGGCAGCUCCGCACAAGUGGCCAUCAGUCCUCACUGUCAGCUGCUACCCACUGGAGAGGCCCCUGCCCUGACUGCCUCAUCAAGGCCUUCAGUGGACCACCUGGGUGUUCAGAACCUUCUGGACAUCUGAGCAGUAUCCCAGGGGAAAAUCUGAGAACCCCGCCAAGCAUCAGCGUUCUCAUAGCAGGAAAGUAGUCAGCAAAAGCCAGGGCCUUCUUGGGAGUACAAGGUGUUGAGGUACUGCCCUCCCCCACCACCGUGUCCAGCAUCUCUGCCCACCCGGGCCUCGGCCUACAGGAAGACAACCACGAGGCUGCAGCCGGGCCUCUCAACGCCGACCACAGACGUGGUCGUGCAUGUCCAGUGAGCACCCUGGCUAUGCCCUCUGUCCCCACACUGGGUGGGAUGUGGAGGCCCAGCAGGGCUGGGAAGGACCUGGGCUGGGCCCCUCUCUUCUGUGCAGGGGCAGGUGGGGCUGACUGGCUGGCCUGUUCCACCCCCAUUUCUGACAGGCUGUGGCGUCAGGCUGUGCCUGGACUUCAUUCCUAGCAACUUGGGCCUGCCCCAGUUUGGGCACCAACAGGUGGUAGUUGCUGUGCGAGGGGCUGAGCCGGUAGACGCUGCAGAGGAAGGUGAGAGGCGGUGUUCAGGACGGGGCAGACUCCAGGCUGAGCCACACUUGGCUGCAGGCCAGUACGCAGCUCCACACCUCUGCCUUUGGCCUCCAGAGCUUGGGAUUUGCCUUCUGGUUCCUCCUCAGAGCCCUGCAGACAAAACUCGCGAGACUCCUGGCCAGCCUGGCCUGAGGUUGCUGCAGGGUCCUGGCACCUUUCCACACUGUACCUCAGCCACACAGACGAGCUGGUGUCUCAGUGCCCAGCUGCUUCCAUGUGUCUGGCUCCUGGUGCAGGGACACCUAGCGUGUCCAAAUGCCCAGGCCAUGCUUCCUGCCCUUGUGCCAAAUACAGUGACUGCUGUGUCCUGUGCACCCCCCAAAUCAGCCACAACCUUGGCUUUGUGUUGUGACAGAUACUGUCUUGUCCAGUGUUUCUUGUUGUAGCCUCAGCUCCUUACACACUGUGCGCACUGGGGUGGGCCUUGUGUUUUCUGCUCGUGUGCUUACUGCCCCUGACAGCCUCACCACAGUUCCAUUGCUGUACACCGCCUUUCCCACCGACUGAGGAGAUAUAUUUUCUCAUAAACAUCU